UUCCCUGUGGUGGCGCGAAAGUCAGCCGGUUUGUUUAGUUUUAGUAAAUAAAACGGUUGGUGACUGAUUGAUCGCUGUCUUAUCGUCCAAACGGAUUUCAUCGAAAUCUUCGGCUCAAACCUUGCCGAAUUUUCGACCAAAUGGACCCACGACGUCGAAAUCGUCACGGCCGCCCUGCGCCCGCUGGAAAUAAUUAUGCAAACGCAAACGCACCCAGGCCAUUCGUCAAAAUGGACAGAAUCUCCAUGGACAGGAUCACGCAGAUUCCGUCUCCUUUUCAUCACUCAAAUUCUGUGCCUUCGCCAUACAGCAGGAGGAUGCCAGUUCGUCAGGGACAGAUGGUUGGUUCGCCAUAUCAAAUAUUUUCCCCGAGACACCAGCAACAACAGCAAGGCUACCAUGGAUUGCCCCCUGUGCCGCCAUACCCUUUCCACAACGUUGACCUGACUCCACGAAGGCGUCAGGGUCCUGUAACUCGAAGUGCUCUCAGGCCCCAAAACAAUCUGUCCAGACUGACGGCUAAGCCAGCCUUGAAGCUGUCGGUAGCAAAAGCAACUGAGAAACAGACAAUGGUGUCUGAAAAGCCUAAGAGGGAGUCCCUGAGGCCUCAGCCGGCCAAUAGGAGGAGUCUAGCACCUGAGAAACUGACCAAGCCAGUCGAAAAGUUGAUUGAAAAGCCUAAGAGGGAAUCUCUGAGGCCUGAGCCAGCCCGCAGAAAGAGUGUGGCACCUGAGAAACAGACAAAGUCGAUUGAAAAGCCUAAGAGGGAGUCCCUGAGGCCUGAGCCGGCCCGCAGGAGGAGUGUGGCACCGCCUGUCCGCAGUGCAACAGAUUUCAUUGAGAGAAAUAAGAUGAAUGCAGGGCGAAGGAAGAGUGUCGACCCAAGCGCCUUGAGGGAAAUGAAAGCAGCACCGCGCAGGCAAAGUUUGGCAAGAGCAGCCAAAACGCCUCGUCCGGAAGUGACACUCGAGCCUGUGGAAAUCAAUAUAGAAGAACCAGCACAGCCCGAGAAGGUGGAAAAUGUCGAGCAGGUUGAAUAUGACCAGUUUGAAGCCAAGGAAAAUGUGCCUGACAAUGUGUUGGAAGAAGCUCCAUUGCCAAAGAAAGCCAAGCUUGACAACUCUGAAUUGGAGGAGGAGGAAAAGCCUAAGUCUCCUAAACAAACAACCUCCCUCUUCCUUCAGUAUUUGGACAUCAAAAAGGAUGAUUUGCCAAACAUAGUUGCCGACUACGACAGUCAGGCGGCCGCUGAUUGUGAGCCAACGAAAGGAAGUAAGAAAAAUCGUUGUGCCAUUAUGUAAUCACGUCUGACAUUGUCAGACGAAUCAUUUGUAUUAUUUGAUAAGUGAACUUACAAUUCUAUCCCUCGCGUUUUCCGCUUUUCUUUUAUAAUAUAUUAUACUCUAUCUCUCAGCUAGCAAUUUAAAAAAUAAAAAUUAACUGACGUAAUAAGAAGAA